AUGCAUUUGGUUGGAAUUGCUCUCGACCGGUACUGGGCAGUGACCAACGCGGAAUACAUCCGUAAACGCACAGCCAAACGGAUUGGAUUCAUGAUCACGGUGUUCUGGUUAUUGUCUAUCGCCAUCUCACUGCCAGCUCGUUUUACAACAACGCGUCUGACAAGCUGGAUACAACCAAUGGACACUGUCAACAUUUCAUUUGAUGAGUACAUUAUUCCAGACUGUGGGAUCAAUAAGGAGUACGGGUAUACCAUAUUCUCCACCGUCGUAGCAUUUUACAUGCCAAUGUUCUUCAUAAUAUGUAUUUACGCUAGAAUAUAUAUGGUGGCCAAAGCACGCAUUCGUAGAUCCACAUUUCGAAAAAAGACAAACUCACCAAACCAACAAACGGCAGCAAAAAAUAUGAUUAAUCAUAAUUGGACCAAAUGGUACGACUCAAAAGCAUCACAUUGGACUAGACAUUAUAUCUGCUAUAAUUGUUUUGGCAGAGCAUCUGAUAGACUGUCGGAUCGAUGGAUCGAAAGCGAACACGCAAAAAGCUCGGUCAAUCCUUCGAUUGCUACAUCUGCGAAGAAAAAUGACGCAGGUGUAAGUGUGGUAAGUGAUCAGUAUCACUGUUACAGAAGAAAGUUUAAAAAAUCACCAAGUAACACGAAAUGCACUCGAGAAAAAGACAAAACCGUCAAAAAUGAAGUUGAGUGGAGACAGAAAACUGAUGUCAUAUCAACGUGGAAGACUCCCUGUCAAGUGGCACAACAAAAGGAUGCAUCGAUUGUUGGAGCAGAACCAAACAAUGAGCUAACAACAUUGCAGCGGGCAUUGUGUGUCACACGGCACGAUCGUGAUCGAAAUGCAUCUAUCAAUAUAGCACAGUGUUAUCGGUGCCUGGGUCGAAUUCCGCCCAGUCCUGUGGAACAGACGAAAACUGUUCGUUUAGUUUGGAACCGAAUAUCACAUUCCGCACCGCCGAGUGUAUUUGACACAUCAAAACCUAGUUACAGUUCAGCCUCCAGCUCAUUUGAUUCGAGUUGCUAUACUGUAAAUCGAUCGGACAAAUCUGAUGUGGCAGCCUGGUCGUCUUCGUGUUCCGUGGACAACCGUACCAAAUAUACCGGUAAUCAAACAAACCAGAAGCGAAGAUUUUACACCGUGAUGAAAACGUUCAUUAGUCACAGGAAAAAAACAUCCCUCUCUCCAAAUACUGAUGUUAAUGAACCCUGUCAGGUGGGUGGUCUGAAAAAGUCGAAGUGGACACUUCCUAAGCUUGGUUCACGCAGACGAAGUCGGGGUAAUUUUCGACCACAUAAAGGAAAACCAAAUAGGAGAAAAAUAUCUAAGAGCUGCCGUGAUUCACCUCGAGGGCAAAAUGAUAAUAACACUAGUCAUAACGACAAUAUGUUCGAUAUCAGAACCAUUCAGCCAGCGGAACAAGAUAUCACGGGAGACACGGUCAACAAAGCAUGUCCGACUCAGUCCAACGAUCUGCUGGAAACGGAUGAUGUCUCCGGUGGGACAAUACAUCUGGAAGCAAGGCUCAAAUCUACCGUGUCCGAGGUAACCAAAUUGGCUACUGUUACAGCCAUGGUCAAACGGGAACGCCUAGAAAAUCAAAGAGAACGAAAAGCUGUCAUCACUUUAGCCAUUAUUACUGGUUGUUUUAUGCUGUGCUGGUUACCAUUCUUCAUAGUGGCAUUAAUUGCUCCAUUUUACGACCAAAUGAAAUUGUCCAAAGUUGGUCAAGGUAUUGUGCUAUGGCUUGGCUAUUCAAAUUCCUUACUCAAUCCAAUGAUCUACACCAUAUUUUCUCCCGACUUCCGUAAUGCUUUUCGGAAAAUUUUAUUUGGUCGGUAUUAUCUCAGAUAUCGUGAUCGGUAG